AUGGAGAAUGGUUCUUUGAGUACUAAUCUAUUUUUGAAGAGUUCGGCCAUAUUGACCUGGAAUCUCCGGUACUAUAUAGCACUUGGAACAGCAAGAGGCUUGGCUUAUCUGCAUGUGGAAUGCAGUGAAUGCAUUAUACACUGUGACAUGAAGCCAGACAAUGUACUUCUUGUUGCAGAAUUCUGCCCCAAGAUUGCGUACUUCGGCAUGGCCAAGCUUCUAGGUCGAGAUUUCAGCAGGGCUUUGACAACAAUGCGAGGGGCCAUUGGAUAUCUUGCACCGGAGUGGAUAUCGGGGUUACCGAUCACACAUAAGACUGAUAUUUACAUCUAUGGCAUGAUGCUUCUUGAAAUCAUAUCUGGUCCAAGGAACUCAGGGAAAAUUAAGGAAGGGAAGUUUACAUACUUUCCCAUCUUUGCGGCAAUUAAGGUGAAUGAGGGAGAUGAUGUGUGUCUGUUGGAUAGUAGGUUGGAAGGUGAAGCAGAUGGAGAGCAGCUGAGAAGAGCUUGCAGAAUUGCAUGCUGGUGCAUUCAAGAUGCUGAGGAUUACAGGCCGAUGAUGGGACAAGUUGUUCACAUGCUAGAGAAUGUCAUGGAUGUCGAAAUCCCACCUAUUCCAAGGUCACUUGAACACUAUGUUGGCAUGGAGGAUUGCUCUGCGGAACCAGAUAACUUGUUCUAA